GCGCUGCGGGCUCACAAAGCGGCCGGACGCGCGGCGGCGGGUGGCGGGAGCGCAGGGGAGCGGGCCGGCGGAUCAGCCUUCUCUGCAACCGCGCCACAAGAGCUCGAGCAGCUCGGACGCGGGCACCCGGGCCGGCCCCCAAGAUGCCAGCGAUCGCGGUGCUCGCGGCGGCCGCCGCGGCGUGGUGCUUCCUCCAGGUCGAGAGCCGGCACCUGGACGCACUCGCCGGAGGCGCGGGCCCCAACAACGGCAAUUUCCUAGACAAUGACCAGUGGCUGAGCACCGUCUCCCAGUACGACCGGGACAAGUACUGGAACCGCUUUCGCGACGAUGAUUAUUUCAGAAACUGGAAUCCCAACAAGCCCUUUGACCAAGCCCUGGACCCAUCCAAAGACCCCUGCCUGAAGGUAAAGUGCAGCCCUCACAAAGUGUGCGUGACCCAGGACUACCAGACGGCCCUGUGUGUCAGCCGCAAGCACCUGCUCCCCAGGCAAAAGAAGGGGAACGUGGCCCACAAACACUGGGUUGGACCUUCGAAUCUGGUCAAGUGCAAGCCCUGCCCUGUGGCACAGUUGGCCAUGGUCUGCGGCUCCGACGGUCACACCUAUACAUCCAAGUGCAAGUUGGAGUUCCACGCCUGUUCUACUGGCAAAAGCCUCACCACCCUCUGUGAUGGGCCCUGUCCAUGCCUCCCAGAGCCCGAACCUCCAAAACACAAGGCAGAGAAGAAUGCCUGCACAGACAAGGAGUUGAGGAACCUGGCUUCCCGGCUGAAAGACUGGUUUGGAGCCCUUCAUGAGGAUGCAAACAGGGUCAUCAAACCCACCAGCUCCGACACAGCCCAAGGCAGGUUUGACACCAGCAUCCUGCCCAUCUGCAAGGACUCCCUGGGCUGGAUGUUCAACAAGUUGGACAUGAACUACGACCUGCUGCUUGACCACUCAGAGAUCAAUGCCAUCUACCUGGAUAAAUACGAGCCCUGUAUCAAGCCUCUCUUCAACUCUUGCGACUCCUUCAAGGAUGGCAAGCUCUCUAACAAUGAGUGGUGCUAUUGCUUCCAGAAGCCUGGAGGUCUCCCUUGCCAGAAUGAAAUGAACAGGAUUCAGAAGCUGAGCAAGGGGAAAAGCCUGUUGGGAGCAUUCAUACCCCGGUGUAAUGAGGAGGGCUAUUACAAAGCCACGCAGUGCCACGGUAGCACGGGGCAGUGCUGGUGUGUGGAUAAAUAUGGGAACGAGCUGGCCGGCUCCAGGAAACAGGGCGCUGUGAGCUGCGAAGAGGAGCAGGAAACCUCAGGAGAUUUUGGCAGUGGCGGCUCCGUGGUCCUGCUCGAUGACCUAGAGGAUGAACGGGAGCUGGGACCAAAGGACAGAUUGGGGAAGCUGAGGGUGCAUGCCCGGGCAGUGACGGAGGAUGAUGAAGAUGAGGAUGACGACAAAGAGGAUGAAGUCGGGUACAUAUGGUAGUCCCCAUAAGGAGGAGGACACAAGGUUUGCACAAAAUUGCAAGUCACUUCCUGUUCCCGCAUUUGUAUCUAAGACUCCACGGCACCAAGGUCUCUUCUCCAUUGUUGCUCUCUAUACCCAACCUAAGGUUUGGAAGACAACUCUUUGUUCCCAGAGCAUUCUGAUUUUGCAUAUGGUUGUGUGGGAAGAAGGAUGUUGUGUUUUGUUUUGUUUUUUAGACAGGGGACUAGCUGGCUGAAUUAGAGCCUCCUUCUCUCCUAAGAGGUUUUUGCAAUGAGCAUGUGAUUUAUGUGGGAUUCUGACAGCGCAGGGAGCCCCCGCCCUCUAAAUGUCUAAGGCCCUUUUGAUCACCCACAAGGUGGUUAUUACAGCAUGGUUCCCAGCCUUACAGUGUCUAAGUGCUUUUCUUGUGUCCUGUAGAUGUUGUGGAAAACACACCACGCUGUACCUUUUCUCCCCUGCCCCCAGCACCCCUGGUGUUUAUUAUUAAAAGUUAGUUUUUCACAUCACUAUAUCUGGCUUCCUACAAACAGCAGCCUUAAUUCAGUCAAGCACCCCUUUGGGGAAUUGAUUUUCUUUAUUAAAAAUAUUGUGUCUGGAUGUUUCUCUCUGUACUUGCAUAAAUAUGUAUGUGCAGAAGAGACUGUGUGUGUAUAUGCCUUGCACACACACAAGUACACACACCUCUCAGAAAAAGUAGGUAUCUAUUAAAAACUCAUUUGGAAAACAAUUACAAAUUUGGCAGCUUGUCCAGACCUGGAUCACAAUUUCUGGAAUAGGAAAUUUGUAUCGAAGUCCUUUCUUGCACUAACAGUUGGCACUUGUAGCCUGUAGGCUGAGGAGGUUUCUUCUCUGUGCAUCAGCAGAGUUACUGGAAGCCUCUUUGAUUUGAAUAAGCCUCUCUCUGCCUAAAUUGCUUUUCUCACAGAAGCCAUGCAACUCCCACGUGGGCAGCUUCACAAGCCAUCUCUUUCAUUUCAGCUCAAAGCCCCCCUCAGUCUGCAGCGGUUCUGUCUGCCGCAGUUUCCUCCCUUCCCUACCUACUCAAGGGCUUUUUCUAAGGCAUGUUCGCACACCCCCUGCUCUCUGAGAA